UGGAAGUAGGCUCGCCCUUAUCUUUUGGGUCUUCUUCUUUGCUUUUAUAUACUAGUAGGAUAUAUUUUAUUUUGAAAUUAUUUCUUUGUUCUUCACAAAACACCAUCUUGUCACCCACCCAAGUCACCCAACUGUCGCCGGUUCCGGACUCGCCAACCCCCAACGCCGCAUCAACCUUCCUCUCUCUACCCUUUAAUAUGUCCGAACACCAUGCAACUACCCACCUAGGUUUUCUUGAUCCCCAACCCAACUCUUGAUUUUUGAUUUUUUUGUUUUUGUUUUGUUUCUCGCUUAUUUGUGCUGUUUCUUUCAAGAAAAGUCUUUGCACUUCUCAAAACCAUCAAUAAAACCCAUCUAUUAUUUCAGGUUCUAUCUAUGUUCUUUGGAAGUAGAUGAGUUGUUGUGUCGUCCACUCUUUAGGGUUUCUUGGUUUUUCUUGGUGAAUUAUUGAUUUAGGGUUUUGGGUUUUUCGUUGUUAGUGUUUUAGCUGUGUUUCUCAUCUGGUUUGUUGAGAAAAUGGAGGAUUAUAGUCAGCUGAGUGACAACACAGCUCCAAGGGCUAGUUUCUUGUAUGGUGGUCCGGUUCUUGCACCCAGUGCUUCUGUGUAUGGACGAACUAACAGUGGCUCGAACGUGAGUAAUCAUCAUCAAACCCAGAUGGGUAUGAAUAGCUUUCAUCUUCAAUCGGGUGGUUGUUAUCAAUCUGAAUCGCAAUCGCAUCCAAUUGUGAAGACUGAAUCGGGAACUUCUCAACACGUUCAGAAAUUUCACUACCCUUCUAUAAUUCGAGGGCACCAAACAGUUCAUCAUCAACAAGAUCAUAAUAAUCAACAAGGUAAUGAGAACUCGAAUGAUGUUGAUUCUAUCAAGGCCAAGAUCGUUGCUCACCCUCAGUACUCUAAUCUUUUGGAGGCUUACAUGGAUUGUCAAAAGGUGGGAGCUCCGCCGGAGGUGGUGGCGCGGCUCACAGCCGUUCGGCAAGAGUUUGAGGCAAGGCAGCGAGCUUCAGCGACUUGCAGAGAUGGUUCCAAAGACCCAGAACUCGAUCAGUUCAUGGAGGCUUAUUACGACAUGCUGGUGAAGUAUAGAGAGGAGCUUACAAGGCCAUUGCAAGAGGCUAUGGAAUUCAUGCGAAGGACCGAAGCACAACUCAACUUGCUUAACAACGGCCCCGUCCGGAUCUUUAACUCUGAGGAGAAGUGCGAGGGCGUUGGUUCAUCUGAAGAGGAGGAUCAAGACAACAGUGGUGGAGAAACAGAACUGCCAGAGAUUGAUCCACGCGCUGAAGAUCGGGAACUGAAGAACCACCUGUUGAGGAAGUAUAGUGGUUACUUGAGUAGUCUCAAGCAAGAGCUUUCCAAGAAAAAGAAGAAAGGGAAACUACCCAAAGAAGCUCGGCAAAAGCUACUCAAUUGGUGGGAGUUGCACUACAAAUGGCCUUAUCCUUCGGAGACCGAGAAGGUGGCCUUGGCAGAAUCAACUGGUUUGGACCAAAAACAAAUUAAUAACUGGUUCAUCAACCAGAGGAAACGACACUGGAAACCGUCUGAAGAUAUGCAAUUCAUGGUAAUGGAUGGAAUUCAUCCACAGAACGCAGCUUUCUAUAUGGAAGGACACUAUAUGGGCGAAGGUCCUUACCGAUUGGGGCCAUGACCAUGAGAAAUAAUCAGAAUGGGUGGCCUUCAACAACCCAUCUUGCAUCAUAACUAUUAGUAUUCGCUUAAAUCUCAUUUUUAGGCUUUGGCACGGAAUCAAGCUCUUUAACCGUGCUGUGUGAUUGUUAAUGCUAGGGUUGGGUAAUGCCUAUGACAGCCCAAUCUGAUAUAUUUUAUUGGAAAUGUCUUACCUAUGACUAUGUUUAGUGUGUCUUCAUGUUUUUGAGAUUAUUAAACGUGGAUUAAAGCAGUACUUUGCCGUGUGCCUGGUGUGUGUAAACCAGAUAAGAUGAGUUCAUGCAAUUUGUAAUAUAUUUAGGGCAUGUACUAUUACUUUGUUGAAUUGUAUAUGAUGAUAAGAGUAGCUAAUAUGGUGUUAGUGUUGUCAUAA